AUGGCAUCACUCAAUUGUUCUUCUCCCCCAGAAAAAGCUGCUACAAAUGCUGGCGUUGCAGGUAUAGGCGUCAUCCUCGGUUUCAUUGUACCUGCGACACUUUCGAUUGUCCUCGCCUUUUCCCUGAUCAUACAAGAGUCCUUUAUGCACUCUAAGAGACCUGCACUGGGCCUCAUUCGCCGCAAACUCCUCUUCGCCUUGUCCGACCAACAAAUCAUCUAUGGCAUUGGGAUUCAAGCGGUUGGCCUGGCCCAGAUCACAUCACUUGUGCCCUAUCACUUCUUCAUCAUAUGGAUGGUCUCGCUUCUUUCGACGGCCGUCCAUAAUAGCACCCUGCUUGUCCUCUUGUGCGAUUUCCACUCGGACAGGGUUCUCCGAUGGCUGCGACAGGUCCUUAUGCUCGUUAACCUCGUGCUGGGCUGUGUCUUUGGGAUCUGCAUGCUCCAGGUCGUCCAAAAGGGCAUGACCACUUCGACGAACCCCACAGCCUGCGCCUUUGUGAACGGUGCUCCAGGAGAUGUUCAGACGGAAUCAAGCCGUACCCUUUCUUUCAUCGGCACCAUUGUUGUCAUAGGAGCCAACUUCCUCGUCUUCAUCGCUGCAACCUGGUUCCUCCAAUCCCGGAGACAGGUCGCCUUCAAGUGGAUACAGCUCGCUGGUAUCCUCCUCAUGGCCGCCAUUGCCGUGGCUGCGACGGUCAGAGUCCUCAUGUCGUCACAGGCUUUUGGCUACCCAUCCACCCCACUGGCAGACAACGCAGAGAGGGCCUGGAGCUUCUCAACAUCGGUCACCCUAUUGAUGCUGGCUCUGCCCCUGAUGACGGUUCUCGAAAUUUGGAGGGGCGAGGUUCGUGUGCAGAGGGAAUUUGAAAAGGUCGAGGGAUAG